AUGACUGAUAGUGAUUCCAAUCAAGAAACUGACCUAGUCGAUCAAGGAAACACAGAAGUCCCACCCAAAAAGGACGGUACAGCUGGCCCGCCAGCUAUUCCUACCUACGAUCCUCGAGCACUACUCAAUCCGAAGGCGCCCCCGAAGCGCCCAGCAUCAGAUGCCGCUCCCGGUGACCGAGGCCGCGAAGGAGAAUCUGAGGGUGGUCAGGUCUCACUUGUUGAGCGGUUGCACAAUGUCCAGCAGCGCACGGCCUCACCAGCGAAACGAGUCCGUACCGAUGAGCUACCUAAGAAAACCAUUCCUUCUUCUUCGAAUGGGGCAAGUGGUGGUCUGGACAUGACUUCUAUGAACGGCGGGAAUCCGACAAAGUCAUCUGCAAUUGAUCUGACCAUGAGUGAUGAUGAUGAGGAGGUCAAGGUUGUCAAAGACAAUGGCGCUCAAGUGAUCUGCAUCGGUCGUAUCAAACAUGUCUAUGUUCAGUGCCACGUCGUCCCGUUUCCGGAUCCCAACAAGUACCGUGGCAAUAAUGGAGCGCAAAGCCGCAUCAAGGUCAGCUUUCGCCGGGCUGGUAAUCAAAGGGCUACCAAUGUCAUCAUGGUCACUGAUCCUACUGGUCGUGAAUUUGGUCGCAUCGAUAUAAAGACAGCGCAAGCUCUGGCUCCCUUGCUAGAUGCUUCGAAGGCCAAUAACAUGCACUGGCUUGCCAUGACGGAACCACGCCGUAAACAACCCGGUGAAGGAGGCCCUGGAACUCCACUUUCAGCAUUGAUUGCUUUGACUAUGCAGCUGUAUUGUCCUCGGAAAGAAGCCCAUGGGAUUGGCCGAUUCCUCAAGUCUAAGAGCGUUCAACUGAUCGAUCCCAUCGUUGAACUCUCACGUUACGAUUACUACAACCCGCAGACUGAGAAUACCUUCAGUAUUCAGGAAGUGACAAACCCUACCUUUGAACCCCCACCCGCAGUAUAUGCUCCAGGUGGCUACGCCGUUCGCAGUGUAGACGAGAUUCGAAGCGACGUGAUGGGCAUGUUUGAUACGAUGCCUGCUCAGGAGCAGAUUGCUAUGAGAGAGCAAAGUCCUCUGAUCAAGACCGAACUGAAGCCCCAUCAGAAGCAAGCUUUGUAUUUCAUGACCGAGAAAGAGCGCCUACGCACGGACGACGUUGCCGCAGACCAGGCUUCCCUUUUCCAGAUGAAGCUACGACAAACUGGCGCCAAGUACUUCCAACAUGUCAUCACGGGACAAGAGGUACAAAGGUUGCCACCUAACGCUCGCGGCGGCAUCCUUGCUGAUGAAAUGGGUCUUGGAAAGACGCUCAGUAUCCUUUCUCUAGUUGUGGACCAGGAGUCGAUGAACGCGGCGAAGGAUUUUGCAGCAGCACCACCGACUGUUCAACACCAUGGAACCCCUCUGUUGAAUAGCAGGGCCACCUUGUUAAUCUGUCCAUUGAGUACAACGGCAAAUUGGCGACAGCAGAUUGAAGAUCACCUUCCAGAGCAGGGCAAAGCAAUUAAAUGGACAUAUUACCACGGUCCUCAGCGAAACUCAUUCACCAGGAAGUCUCUCGCAGACUAUGAUCUAGUCAUUUCCACAUACAACAUCGUGGCUUCAGAUGCUCUAGACGAUUCAAAGCCCCUCAGACAUAUUAAUUGGUUUCGCAUUGUCCUUGACGAAGCCCAUGCUAUUCGGAAUAUCAGGACCAAACAAUCGCUGGGGACUUGUGCUCUAGCUGCUCAGAGGCGCUGGGCAGUCACUGGUACACCUGUGCAAAAUCGUCUCGAGGACCUCGGUGCAUUGUUCAGGUUCAUUCGGAUUUCUCCAUUCAACGAACCUGCUGGUUUCAAUCAGUUCAUAAUCCAGCCCUUCAAGCAGGCCGAUCCAGAUAUUGUUCCUAAGCUGCAGCUACUUGUCAGCUCCAUCACACUUCGGCGAUUGAAAAGUCAAGGCCAUGUCGAUAUUCCGGAGAAGACCGACAUUAUUAGGAGGCUUGAGUUCUCCGACGACGAGCGUAGACUUCACGAGUGGUUCGAAAAGGACUCUGCUCGUCAAGUCAAUGCUGUUACAACUGGCGGUAAGCUGGGCGGAAACGCGUAUGCUCGUAUCCUUAAGGCAAUUCUCUAUCUCCGACUCAUCUGCGCACACGGGCGUGACCUUCUCGGAGAGGAAGCACUGAAAUUGACCGACGGCAUGACAUACGAAAACCCGAUGAGCCUCGAAGGCGAUGACGAGCCAAUCUCCACCUUGACGCGCAAGAGUGCAUACGAGAUGCUCGAAUUGCUGGAACAGACGGUCAAUGACAAAUGCGCAUUUACGAAUUGCCACCACAAAGUCCUUCAUACGGAAGGCGAAGACGACGAAAGUGAUGAGGAGGACUCUGAUAGCGUCAAAGGAAAAGGCAAGGACACAAUCGGCUACAUGACGCAAUGUUACCAUGUCAUCUGCCCGAAACACGUGAAGAAGCUCAAGGAUCAAUUGACGCAGGGCACAAUGCCUGACGGGACCGUCAUUUGCCAAUUCUGCAUGACUCAUAUCAGACCCUCGCUAUUUGAGCUGAAGUUCUCAGACUUGAGGUCUUUCCAAGAAGAGCGAGAACGCAUGAAGCAGGACCCCAAGCUGGCAAAGAAGUUGGGUGCUUAUACAGGCCCACAUACAAAGACGAAGGAACUACUUGCUGAGCUCGAGAAGAACAAGCAGGAGAGCGAGGCGCAUCCCGACGAAAAGCCCAUAAAGAGUGUUAUUUUCUCCUCAUGGACUACCCACCUCGACCUCAUCCAAAUCGCCCUCCAGUCUCACGGUUACACAUACACUCGUCUCGAUGGUCGCAUGGACAGGAAGAUGCGCGAGAAGGCACUCGACACAUUCGCCCGGGAUGAUUCCGUCCACAAUAUUUUGGUAUCGAUUGGUGCCGGUGGUCUCGGACUAAACCUCACAGCGGCAAAUAAGGCAUAUGUUAUGGAGCCCCAGUUCAAUCCGGCCGCGGAAGCCCAGGCUGUAGAUCGCGUUCACCGUCUUGGUCAGACGCGCCCCGUCACAAUCAUGCGCUUCAUCAUGGAGAACAGUUUCGAGGAGAAGAUGCUGGAUCUCCAGAAAAAGAAAAAGGACCUCGCAGAUCUGACCAUGGCGCGAGGGAAAUCCACCAAGGAACAAGCAGCGAAGCAGCGAUUGGAAGAACUUCGAAGCCUUUUCCGCUGA